AUGAGUCAAUUUAUUAAUAAUGAUUCAACAAGUAAUCAAUCAGAUUCAUCAUCAUCAUCAUCAUCAACAACAACAAAUCCAAUUUUUAGACAACAACAAUUAUUACAUGGAAAUAAUUAUGUAAUAUCUCGAUCAACCGAUGUUCAAUCAGUACAAUAUGAAACUUUAAUCUCACAUGAUGAACAAGAACAAUCGAAUAAAAAUUCAUUAGGCACAACAAAACAUGGAUUAAUGACAAAAAUUACUAGUAAUAGCUCUAGAAAUAGUGAAAAGCGAAAGAAAGAUACCAGUAGUAGUGGUACAAUUGUUUUGAUUAAACGAGAACCACAAUCAGAACUGAACGAUGAAGAAGAUAUGCAAAACCUUAGCACUAGAUGUCGUCGUUGUCGUAUCAUUGAAAAUACAGCUCGUCAAUGUUAUGGACCAAGAUAUGAAAUUAUUCAACAAGGAAAACAAUUAAAAGCAAUUAAAGAUACUAAUAAAAUUGAUACUACUAAUGAUGAACCUGAUGGUAUGUGUUUUUGUAUUUUAUGUAAUCAAGAAGUUAAUCAAAAAUCUUAUACAUGUCAUAUUGAUAAAUGUUUUAUUCCAUUUGAAAGUCAAGUAUCAUAUGGAUCAAAUGUUAAAUCGAAUAUUGAAGGUUUAUUUUGUGAUAAUUAUGAUCGUACAAAUAAUCUUUAUUGCAAACGACUUAAAGUUAUUUUUUCAGAACAUUCACGUGAUCCAAAAGAUAGAAAACGACAUGCUCAAAUUGAUCUUGAACGAUUGCAUGAAUUAAUGCAUUUUGAAGAACUUGUUGAAAAAGAAAAUCGAUUACGAACGAGUUUAAAUGAACGAGGUUCAGUAGCAGGACAUCUUUUAUAUAAAACAACAGCUCAUUAA